AGAAGAGGUUGUAUGGUCUCUAUCUCCUCUCCCUUUAAAAACAUAUCAAGCCUUCUCCACUUCUUUCUCCAAUGCACUUGUCUUCUUCACAUCCAACAUUACUGUCUUGUUAAUGUACUCUCUCUUUCUCUCUCUCGUGGUCCUUCCCCUCUUUAAAUCUCUCUUAUCACUUUCUCCAAUUUCUUCAUCUCUCUCUCGCUCUCUCUCUCUCUCUCUCUCUUUAUAUCUAACUAUCUCUUUCUUCUUUCUCUCUUGUUCUCCCACCUUUCUUUCUUUCUUUCUUGGCUUGCUUGUCAAUUCUUGAUUUUCCGAUCAAAUUUAUAUUAAUAUUAGAAAAUCAAUAUGUCUAGUCGAAGGCCAAGGCAAUCUGCCAGCGUUCCAAGAAUUAGUGAUGAACAAAUCAUCGAACUUAUCUCCAAGUUACGUCAGCUUCUACCGGAGAUUCGUGACAGGCGCUCUGAUAAGGUAUCAGCUUCCAAGGUCCUACAAGAAACCUGCAACUAUAUCAGGAACUUGCACAGGGAAGUGGAUGACUUGAGUGAGAGAUUGUCUCAACUUUUAACAACAAUUGAUGCUGAUAGUCCUGAAGCUGCUAUAAUAAGGAGUUUAAUUAUGUAAUUAGGCCCUUUAUUAUUAGAAUUUUUAAUUAAAAAUAUUCUCAUUUUAACUUGUUGUUAGUAGAGAGUUUGAUCGCUACUAUAUACUAAAGAUCAAACAAAGGGGUUAAAAAUCUAUUUUAAUUAAUAUUAUUAAUAUUAUUAUAUUUAUAUAUAUGGCAUGUGGGUAGGCAGUGUAAUUAAAGUUAUAAUAAAAGGACUUGCACUAGCAAAGCCUAUUGUUUUAUUAUUGUCAUUUUAUCUAUAAUGGAUAAUCUAUUUUGGGCUUAAUACAAGUUAGUUACAUUGUUGACUUGUUA